AUGCCGUCGAAACAGAAAAAAUCCACAGCUUCAGAGGAAACCGAAGAGCUUGAUGAUGGUGUGGAGGAAACUGAGCCAAAGCUAAAGGAGAAGAGCAGCAGUUUGACCAGUGAGGACGCCACAAAAAGACAGAAGAGUCGGAAAAAACACAAAAGCCGAGAGCGCUCUGAGAUUAAGGAGCCUCCAGAGAACGAGAGGAAUGAAGAAGAGGAUGACAAGGUGAAAGAGAAGCAGAGGAAAAAAAGAAGAGCGGAUGAUGCUGAAGCUGGUGCUGUGAUUGAAAGCAAAGAUGGUGAGGGCGAGCAGAACAAUAAUGAGCCCACGAGCAAACCCAAAAAAGAGAAACCUGAGAGGCUCAAAGAGGAAGUGACUGAGAGAGUCAAGGAGGGAAAGAAGAAACAGAAGAAGAAGUCGUCAGUAGCCACUCCAGAGGGAGAGGAGGAAAUGGGGUCUAAGGAUAAAAAAUCUAAAGAUGGCAAGAAAAAGAAGAAGUCUCACGACAGUGAUGAUGACAAAAAGAAAAAGGGUAAAAAAUCCAAAAAUAAACAGGUGGACUAUGCUGCGAUCUACCAGGAUGAGCUACUUAACUACCACACAGACUCUUCUGACGGAUAUGAAGACGAGUACUACAAAAAGAAAGUGUAUGAGGUGGUCACCAUCACGGGUGAUGUAAAAGGAGCGGGGACUGACGCUAAUGUAUUUGUUACUCUUUUUGGAGACUAUGGCGUCUCUCCCAAGGUUCACCUGGCAAGCAAAAGCCGGACUGCAUUUGAGAAGAAUAAGACCGAUGUUUUCCGUAUUAAAACAUACAACGUGGGGCCUGUAAAGAAGCUGAGGAUCGAGCAUGACAACACAGGAAUGAAUGCCAGCUGGUUCUUGGACAGGGUGGUUGUGACCGACAUGAACCGGCCCCAUCUGCGCUUCUAUUUUGCCUGCAACAACUGGCUGAGCCGGGAGGAGGGCGACAAUCUGUUUGUUAGGGAUCUGCUGAGCAGCCUUAACCCCAUGGAUGUCCCAAAAUUGAAUAAAUAUAUUGUGAGUGUGUUCACUGCUGAUAUGAAGGGAAGUGGGACUGAUGCUGAUGUCUUUCUAAAUAUCUUUGGAGAAAAUGGUGAUACAGGAGAGAGAAGACUGGACAGUGGUAAGGACAACUUUGAGCGUGGCUCAGAGGACAAAUUCACGGUAGAGGCUCCUAACCUGGGAAGGCUGAAGAAAAUCACCAUAGGUCACAACAAUAGAGGCUCUUCUGCUGGAUGGUUUCUAGAUAAGGUGGUGAUAGAUGACAUGGGAAAUAAAGAAAUGUAUGAGUUCCCAGUUUUUCACUGGUUUGCCUUGGAUGAAGGUGAUGGUAAAAUACAAAGAGACGUCUUGGUUGGAUCCAUGCAGCCAAUGGGAAUUGUCUACAAUGUUCAGGUGAUGACUGGAGAUAUAAGAGGUGCAGGGACCAACUCUAAGAUCCAUAUGGUCAUGCAUGGUUCCAAGGGCUUGAAAAACAGUGGCAAAAUUUUCCUUGAGGGUGGCGCUUUUGAGCGUGGACUCAUCGACAUUUUCAAUGUGGAGAUUUGUGAAUUGAUCAGCCCCCUAAGCAGAGUCACAAUUGGGCACGACAACGGAGCUGUAGGAGCCGGUUGGUACUGUGAAAAGGUGGUGAUAUACUGUCCAUUCACGGGCGUAGAACAAACGUUUCCUUGUGGGAUGUGGUUGGAUGAGGACGAGGCGGAUGGACUGAUUGAGAGGGAGUUGUAUGAGAUGGUGUCUCUCAGGCAGAAAAAACAGAAAAAAUACCCGUGGUCCUUGUGGAUUUGGACCUCAGACAUUAAGGGCGCAGGCACAGAUGCGCAGGUGUUUCUGCAGAUCUAUGGAGAGAAGGGCAAGUCGGAUGAGGUCAAACUGGAAAACAACUCCGACAGUUUUGAACAGGGACAGAUUGAUAAAUUCAUGGUUGAAAUGCCAGACAUAGGAAAACUGCGGAAAAUACGGAUCUGGCAUGAGAAGAGACAUCCGUUUGCUGGCUGGCAUUUAGCGAAGGCCACUGUGCUCAAGACGCUAACCAUGGACAAAUAUUCUUUUGAAUGUGGACGUUGGUUGGACAUCAAUGAAGAUGACAAUGAGAUCGUCAGAGAGCUUCCAGCUACAGGAGCAGUCAUUGAUGAGCCGCUGCCUUUGAUAAAGUAUCGUGUCACAAUCUGCACUGGCAACGUCAGUGGCAGCGGCACUGAUGCCAGUGUUUUCCUCAAUGUAUUUGGUGACCUUGGUGACACAGGGGAACGUCUCAUGUUUAUGAGUAAAAACAAUGUCAACAAAUUUGAAAAGGGAAAUCACGACGAGUUCAUCGUUGAGUCAGUGUCGCUGGGACAGGUGCGCAGGGUUCGAGUAGGCCAUGAUGGCCGUGGCGGAGGCUGUGGUUGGUUCCUUGACAAGGUGAUGGUGAGGGAGGACGGCCAACCAGAGUCCAUGGCCACUGAGUUUCCCUGUUUCAGGUGGUUAGACCAAAACGAAGAUGAUGGCCAGAUUGUCCGUGAGUUAGUCCCAGAUGGAGAGGGCCUGCGUCUCUUUAACGUCGACUACCACAUAGCAAUCAAGACAGGAAAUGUGAGCGGGGCCAGCUCUGACUCCAAGGUGUUUGUCAAGCUGUAUGGAGAAAAGUGUGAUACUGAAAAGGUGAUACUGGCAGUUUCUGACAAUAAUCUCAGAAACUACUUUGAGACAGGACGCACUGACAUCUUCAUCCUCGAAACUUUGGACGUUGGACAGAUUAACCGUCUUCUGAUCGGUCACACCAACGAGGGCUUGCGGGCCGGAUGGUUUCUGGACAGCGUGCAGAUCUCUGUUCCGGUUCACGGGAAGCAGUAUAUGUUUCCAAGUCACCGCUGGCUCUGCAAGGACGAGGCCGAUGGAAAAGUGGAGGUGGAGAUCUAUCCCAGUGAGACCUUAGACAUUGAAAAAUUGAUCAACUAUGAAGUAACAGUGGUCACAGGUGAUGUCCGUGCUGCUGGAACCAACGCUAAUGUCCUCUGUCAGAUCUAUGGAGAGAAUGGGAAAACCGAAGUCCUCACCCUGAAAAGUCGCUCCAACAACUUUGAACGUGGCACCACUGAGAUCUUCAAGAUUGAAGCUCAGGAUGUCGGGAAGAUCUAUAAGAUACGCAUCUACCAUGAUGGGAAGGGUAUUGGUGACGGCUGGUUCCUGGAGACAGUGGACAUCAAGCGGCUGACGAUGGCUAUGGUGCAAGUCGAGGUGAAAAAAGAGGAGACGACCAAAAAAGACAAGAAGAAGGACAAGAAAAAGAAGAAAAAAGAAGAGGAAGAGGUGGAGAUAAUUGAGCAGCUGCAGGAAGUGGUGGAGACUUUUAUUUUCCCUUGUAACCGCUGGCUGGCCAGGGAUGAGGAGGACGGGGAGAUUGUGGUUGAGUUGCUGACUGAGGACAACGAAGACUUGGAGAUAAACUCUUAUGAAGUUCACGUGUUUACUGGCACGAUGUGGGGGGCGGGAACUGAUGCCAACGUGUACAUCGACAUAUACGGAGAGACCGGCGACACAGGAGAGCGGUGGCUCAGGAAAUCCAACAACCUAAAUAAAUUUGAGAAAGGCCAGGAAGAUAUUUUCAACAUCACAGCAGUCGAUCUGGGGAUCCUGAAGAAGCUGAGGAUUCAACAUGACAACAGCCAGGCCAGUGCCGGCUGGUUUCUGGACAGAGUGGAGAUUUUAGAUGAAAAAGAUGACACAAUGUACUUUUUUCCGUGUAAGCGUUGGCUGGCUAUUGAUGAGGAUGAUGGACAGCUUGCUCGGGAGCUCGUCCCUGUUGAUGAAGCCUUCAUGAGGAAGGGUGAUGAAGAUGAUGAAGAAGACUCUGAAGCUACACUCGGACUGGAGCAGAAGGCUAUGUCAACAACAUACACAGUGAGGGUAAAAACUGGUGACAAGAAGUACGCAGGAACAGAUGCUAAUGUCUUUAUGACCCUGUACGGCACCAAGGAUGAUACAGGUAAAAUCAACAUGAAGGCUUCCAAGACUCAUAAGAACAAGUUCGAACGGGGUUUGAUUGAUGAGUUUACUGUGGAAGCCGUGGACAUCGGACCCCUGUUAAAGCUGCGCAUUGGACAUGACAACUGUGGAGGAUCAGCAGGCUGGUUCCUUGACUGGGUGGAGAUUGAUGCGAAAUCUCUGGGACAGAAGCUCCACUUUCCGUGUGGCCGAUGGUUGGAUAGAGGAGAAGAUGAUGGAGCCAUCGCUAGGGAUCUUUUUUCCAACCCUCUACAGACAGAGUUUUACACACCAUUUGUUCCUUACGAGAUAAAAACCUUCACAAGUGACGUAUUCGGUGCUGGAACUGAUGCAGAUGUCUUCAUUGUCCUGUAUGGAAGAGAUGCAGUAUGCACUGAGCAGAAGUCUCUAUGUGUCAACAAGAGGGAGAGGAGAAUGUACUUCGAGAGGGGAGCUGAGGAUAUGUUCAUUGUCGAGCUAGAAGAUGUGGGGGAUGUAAUUGAGAAGAUCCGAAUCGGCCAUGACAACCGUGGGAUCAACCCAGGCUGGCACCUGGACAGGGUGGAGAUCAGACGCCUGCUGAGGAAGGGGAAGGGUUCAGAGACGGUCAUAUUCCCUUGUGAGCGCUGGCUGGCCAAGUCGGAGGAUGAUGGAGAAACAGUGAGGGAGCUGGUGCCCUCUGACAUCAUCACUGAAAAACUUUCCAGGGACGGCAGCCUGAAAGUGACUGAGGUUGAGGUGGACGAUGCCUUAGAGACUCAUACAUACGACGUGUCAGUGAUGACAGGUGACGUGCAUGGAGCUGGCACCGAUGCCAACGUCUUCCUCACCAUUUAUGGGGACCUAGGAGAUACUGGGGAGAGGAAACUCCGCAAGUCAGAGACCAACAGCAAUAAGUUUGAACGAGGAUCUGUGGAUAAAUUCACCAUAGAGGCAGUUGACCUUGGCCAAGUUUUUAAAAUAAGAAUUCGCCAUGACAACAGCCUGGUGAGUCCCGACUGGAACUUGGACCAAGUGGAGAUUGUUGAUAUUGACACGGAGGAGGUCUUCCUCUUCUUAUGUGAACGCUGGCUUUCCAGAAAAAGGGAAGACAGACGUAUUGAAAGAGUCUUCUAUGUCAAGGGUUAUGAAGGGGUUCGAGAGAACCUAAACAGUAAAAAGACCUCAGCCCUGACACUGAAGAGUGUUGACAGUAACAUGAACAAAAAGAGCAAGAAGAAGAAAGAGGAAGAUAUUGAGCUCCCAAUUAUACCAUACCACAUCAGCAUCUGCACGGGGCUGGAGCGUGAUGCAAGCACCGCCAGCAGGGCGUAUGUGAUCAUUGUCGGGGUCAAUCACACCAAGACAGAGAUGCUAUGGCUCGACCUGUCAGAUGGGAGGAAGGGCUUCGAGGCCGGCUCCCUGGAGAGCUUUGAGUCCCACGGUUCAGAUGUGGGGGAGAUCAAAAAGGUGGAGCUCGGCCACGAUGGCGCUACUCCAGAGAGCUGCUGGCUCGUUGACGAGCUGUCCGUUGCUGUGCCAACCAAAGGAGUCAGAUAUACCUUUGUCUGCAAGUGCUGGCUGGCCAAAGAUCGCGGGGAUGGGUUAACUGCCAGAAUAUUCAAUGUGCUGGAUGCAGAGGCCAUUUCUAUCUCCCAACAGAUCAUCUACGCGGUGACGGUUGUAACGGGAGACGUGCAGAACGCAGGAACAGAUACCCAGAUCUUCAUGUCUGUGUUUGGGGCCAACGGUAGCACAGAGGAGAUGGUGCUGCGGAAGAACGAGGACAGGUUUGAGCGUGGUCAGGAAGACACGUUCAACAUGGAGAUCGAUGACAUUGCCCCGCUGAGGAAAAUGAGGCUCCGCAUCGACGGCUCCGGCAGUAGACCCGACUGGUUUCUUGACAAGGUGAUCCUACGCAACCUGAUUACAGAGGAGGUGUCCGUCUUCACCUAUGAGGAGUGGCUUUCCAAGACAUGUGGGCCCAAGAGGACCAUGAUCUGUGAAAUGGCAGCUGUGGUGGAUGAGGAAGUGAUGGUGGAGCUCACCACCUACAUCAUCCAGGUCAAGACCAGUGAUAACGCAGGAGCAGGCACUGACGCCAAGGUGUGGGUCAUCAUUUUCGGAGAGAAUGGAGACACAGGGACACUGGCGUUGAAAGAGAGCAGCAAGUCCAACAAGUUUGAGCGUAAGCAGGUGGAUAUAUUUCGCUUCUCUGACAUCCUCAGCCUGGGAGACCUCUCCAAAGUGAGAGUCUGGCAUGACAACACAGGUCCCGCUCCAGGUUGGCACUUGGAGCACAUUGACGUGAAGGAUGAGAUCAUGGACAAAACAUUUCGUUUCCCUUGUGAUCGUUGGCUGUCCAAAGGUGAUGAUGAUGGACAGAUAAUGAGGGAGCUGGCCUGCGGUAACAAUGACUACUUAGACCUCAACGAGAAGACAAAGUAUGAAAUUUGUACCACAACUGGAGACACAGCAGAAGCUGAAACCAAAGAGAACGCCUGGAUUAUACUUGAGGGGAAGAAAGGCCGAUCAAAAGAACUUGUAAUGGAAAACUCCUCAAAAAAGAAGAGGUUCUUGCGGGGUAAUUUUGACAGGUUUGAGUUUUCUUCCAAGAACCUGGGCGAUAUCACUACCAUCUGCGUGGGCCACACACCCAAGGAUGGAAAGAAAGUGAAGGGGGAGGUUUACUGGCUUGUGGAGGAAGUUGUUGUGACUGAAAAAGAACUUGGAAACAAGUACAUCUUCAGCUGCAACGCUUUGGUCCCGCUCUCUCCCAAGAGGGAUGAUUUCCUGACUUUUGAGUGCACAAAGACAAUUGAAAGCUUUGCCAGCAAAGCUCGCAGCCUGGUGCCCGUCAAGUAUGAGAUCAUCGUCAUCACCGGUGACGAGAAGGGAGCAGGGACAGAUGCCAACGUUUUCAUCACUAUUUACGGCUCCAAUGGAGAUUCUGGCCGUCGGCAGCUGAGGCAGAAGUUUCGCAACCUCUUCGAACGUGAGCAGACGGACCGCUUCGUGGUGGAAAUGCUCGACAUGGGGGAGCUGUGGCGAGUUCGAAUGGAGCACGACAACUCCGGCCUCAGUCCCGGCUGGCUGCUCGAUCGGGUGGACGUCACCAACACGGCGAUUGGCGUCACCACCAUCUUUCGCUGUGGGAAGUGGCUGGACGCCAAGAAGGCAGACGGACAGAUUGACAGGGUCCUCUACCCAAAAUACUGAAGGGGGAAUGGCAGUUUUAAACUCCAACAACAGAAAGAUGUCUCAUGCUUCAAAAUAGUUACCAAAGAAAGUCUUGUUUCUAGCACAUUUUACAUCUCAGGUACUGAGCUAGACUUUAACAUUUACAGUUUUUUAAAUUAUAUUAUGAUGACGACGAUUUCUUCAUCGGUCAGGAAAAAAAGAAAUGUGCCAUUUAAAAAAUUCCAGAUGUGAGGGAUGGUUUCCUCUGUUGUUUUGUAAUAAUACAUGUUUUAUAGAAGAUUCAACUCCUGUGA